UUUUUUUUUUUUUUUUUUCCUCCUCCUUCCUCUCUCUCCCCUCCCCCACCGAUUCCGAUCUCUCCCAUGGCGGGGGCCUCCCACCGCGCUCCGAUCUCGGCCUCUCACUACGCCCUCGCAUCGCGCCUCCUCCUCCUCCUCACCGCCCUCCCCCUCGCCCUCGCCGCCCUCGCCUUCGUCCUCCAAUGGCGCGGCGGCGUCGACGACCCCCUCUCCCGUUGGCCCUCCGCCGACCCCCGCGCGUUCCCCGGCAUGGACAACAGCCCCACCGGCUCCUCCUCCCCCGCCGCUCCCCUCCUCGCCGCCUCCUCCGCCGCCUCCGAUUGCGCCGAGAUCCUCGGCGGGAGCUCCUCCCCUUCGUUCCCUUACUUCCGAGGGUGGAGGUUCGCUUUCGAAUCCGAUCCCAAGCCCAAGAUAUGUGUCACAACGAGCACUUCGGCCGGUUUAGAGCAGAUCUUGCCGUGGUUGUUCUACCACAAGGUCCUCGGUGUUACGCAAUUCUUCCUGUUUGUCGAGGGGAAGGCUGCGAAACCUCAUGUUUCGGCAGUUCUUGAAUCGAUUCCUGGUGUCAAAGUCAUAUACAGAACUAGGGAGCUUGAGGAGCAACAGGCAAGAAGCCGCAUUUGGAACGAGACGUGGCUAGCUGGCUUUUUCUACAAGCCUUGCAAUUAUGAAUUAUUUGUGAAGCAGUCACUUAACAUGGAGAUGGCUAUUGUAAUGGCACGGGAUGCUGCCAUGGAUUGGAUCAUACAUCUUGACACUGAUGAAUUAAUACAUCCAGCCGGUGCCGCAGAAUAUUCUUUAAGACGAUUGCUAGCUGAUGUCCCUAGCAAUGUUGACAUGGUUAUCUUUCCAAACUAUGAAAGUAGCAUUGAACGAGAUGACAUAAAAGACCCCUUCAGUGAGGUAUCAAUGUUCAAGAAGAAUUAUGAUCAUCUCCCUAAGGAAACAUAUUUUGGCAUGUAUAAGGAGGCAACACGUGGCAACCCUAAUUACUUCCUUACAUAUGGAAAUGGAAAAUCAGCUGCACGAAUUCAGGACCAUCUCCGUCCAAAUGGCGCACAUAGAUGGCACAACUAUAUGAAGAACCCAAAUGAAAUCAAGCUGGAGGAGGCUGCAGUUCUACAUUAUACAUACACGAAGUUUUCUGACUUGACUUCUCGACGUGAUCGCUGUGGGUGUAAACCAACAAAAGAAGAUGUCAAGAGAUGUUUUAUGUUGGAUUUCGAUAGAGAUGCUUUUAUAAUUGCAUCAACUGCUAGUGAGGAGGAAAUGCUACGCUGGUACAAUGAGCACGUCGUCUGGACAGACAAACAGUUAAAUCUAAAGCUCCUCAGGAAGGGAAUCUUGACACGAAUCUAUGCUCCAAUGGCAAUUGUUCAAGGUUUGCGUGAGUCUGGCAUCUUCAGCUCCACUAUUGUAUCAGCUCAACCACUUUCUAGGGCUAAAGUUUUGGCUUCAAAUGACAAUACCCGAAACAGAACUCGUGCUAAUCCUAGCGGCUUAUCCGUAAACUCAGUGGAAAAAGCUGGCAGUAAAGAUUCUCAGGCAUUUGCAAGGAAGAUCUUGGAGGUUGGCGCCACCAUGGAGGCUGUUCCUCCUGUGUCACCACCGCACUUGGAUGAACUCGAUCAACACCAGUAAUGACCAGUAUUCAGAAUUGCUUACUUGGUAUAGUAUUUGAAUAUCCAUUUAAUUCGACCCAAAGAAAAGUACGACGGGCUCUCUUUUUGAGGAUGUAGGCCAUUUUUGUGGUGAUUUAUUAAUUGGCCCUUCCCGAUCAUUUUACCCAAGCGUUGUUUAUAUAGGUUCGCAUGUUUCUUUUCUCCGCCGCAGUUUUGGAAGCAGGUAGGAUGACAAUUUUUCAUGGAGUAUACAGAAAUUGGUACUUUGGCGAAUUUACAUGACAUAUUAAUGCCUCGAGCCCCCCGUAUAUCUAUAUUUUUUUCCCUCUAUUAUGUAAUUAGAGAUGUUUAUGAAGGAAUUACUUGGGGGCACUAACACUAACGUUUGUACUUAAUUCAUCGAGAUGUAUUCAAAACAGCUUCUUUUUUUUAUAUAAUUUUUUUACUUACUGGUGUA